GGUUGGCAUCUCAUUCCACCUCGCUGGCCUCCCCAGCAUGAGCCGCCAAUUCACCUACAAGUCGGGAGCUGCUGCCAAGGGGGGUUUCAGCGGAUGCUCAGUUGUCCUCUCUGGGAGCAGCUCACCUUCCUACAGGGCAGGGAGCAAAGGGCUCAGUGGGGGCUUUGGAAGCCGGAGCCUGUACAGCCUGGGGUGUGCCCGGAGCGUCUCUUUCAACAUGGCCAGUGGCAGUGGGCGGGCAGGGGGCUAUGGGUUUAGCCGAGGCCGAGCCAGUGGCUUUGCUGGCAGCAUGUUUGGCAGUGUGGCCCUGGGGCCCAUGUGCCCAUCCCUGUGCCCACCUGGGGGCAUCCACCAGGUCAUCGUCAACAAGAGCCUCCUGGCUCCCCUCAAUGUGGAGCUGGACCCUGAGAUCCAGAAAGUGUGUGCCCAGGAGCGGGAGCAGAUCAAGGCACUGAACAACAAGUUCGCCUCCUUCAUCGACAAGGUGAGGUUCCUGGAGCAGCAGAACCAGGUUCUGGGGACCAAGUGGGAGCUGCUGCAGCAGCUGGACCUGAACAACUGUAAGAACAACCUGGAGCCCAUCCUCGAGGGCUACAUCAGCAACCUGCGCAAGCAGCUGGAGACGCUGUCCGGGGACCGGGUGAGGCUGGACUCGGAGCUGAGGAGCAUGCGUGAUGUGGUGGAGGACUAUAAGAAGAGGUAUGAGGAGGAAAUAAACAAGCGCACAACUGCUGAGAAUGAAUUUGUGGUGCUUAAGAAGGAUGUGGACGCGGCAUACAUGAGCAAGGUGGAGCUGCAGGCCAAGGUGGAUGCCCUGGAGAGAGAAAUAAAGUUCUUUACAUGCCUGUACGAGGAGGAGAUUGCUCAGAUGCAGUCCCACAUCAGUGACACAUCUGUCAUCCUGUCCAUGGACAACAACCGGGACCUGGACCUGGACAGCAUCAUUGCUGAGGUCCGGGCCCAGUAUGAGGACAUAGCUCUCAAGAGCAAGGCGGAGGCCGAGGCACUGUACCAGACCAAGUUCCAGGAGCUGCAGCUGGCGGCCGGUUGGCAUGGGGAUGACCUCAAACACACCAAGAAUGAGAUCUCAGAGCUGACCCGGCUCAUUCAAAGGCUGCGCUCAGAGGUUGAGAAUGUGAAGAAGCAGUGCUCCAACCUGGAGACGGCCAUCACUGACGCUGAGCAGCGAGGCCACUGUGCCCUGAAGGAUGCUCAGGCCAAGCUGGAUGAGCUGGAGACUGCUCUGCUCCAGGCCAAGGAGGAGCUGGCCCGGAUGAUGCGUGAGUACCAGGAGCUGAUGAGCACCAAGCUGGCCCUGGACAUUGAGAUCGCCACCUACCGCAAGCUGCUGGAGGGCGAGGAGUGCAGGAUGUCUGGAGAAUAUACCAAUUCUGUGAGCAUAUCUGUCAUCAGCAGCUCCAUGGCCGGGACUGCAGGCACAGGAGCCGGUUUUGGGUACAGUGGCACCGGCACUUAUGGAUAUCGGCCCAGCUCUGUUGGCGGGGGCUAUGGCUUCCUGCCGGGGGGCUGUGUCACUGGCAGUGGGAACUGCAGCCCCCGCGGGGAGGCCAAAACCAGGUUGGGGAGUACAAGUGAAAUCAAGGACCUGCCGGGAAAGACCCUAGCUCUGAGUUCACCCACCAAGAAGACCCCAAGAUAAAGUGAAAGACAGCUGUCCAGACAGCUUGCUUUGGUUUCUCCUGGACUCCCUUCUUCAGGAAAUUCCUCCAUCACACUUGUCAUCAUCUCCUCCUUGCUUUUCUGCACCGCUGUUGUCUCCUCUCUUGCAACUCUCUAACUUAGUCUUAAUGAGGAGUCAGGAUGCUAGCCCAUCCUUCUGCCUCCAUACUAAGAGGCUUCUUAAUACAGCCUCCCCUUCCUGCAGAAUUGCCAGGGAUAAAGACUAGACCCUUUCCUGGCUCUAAGCCCCUCACAGAUGAAGCUUUUGUUUCAAGGGCAAUCCCAGUCCUCCUGCUUCCCUUUCUGUGCGCUGGUUUAGGUAGUUAUUUGGCCAUGUGCUCCAUGGGUACAGACAGUUACAGGUCCACUGACAGACCUGCAAGGACUAUCCCUUCUUAGAUCAGCAUCAGCUCUGGGGAAACCUUGGGCAUUAGUUUACCUUGCAUGGUCCCUGCAGACUACAGCCAGGAGAACCCCUGCUGACUGGCCCAUUUGUGAAGGCAUUUGUGCUCUCAGCAUGUGCGUUUUUGUCCUCAUUCAGGCCUUUCUUCCCUGCUUCCUCAUCUUACCAAUAAAUUUAUACAACUAA